AUGCUGGACUCUAUGUAGGGACGAGUCAGGAGGUAAUGAGAGGGUGCGUGUACACGCGCGCUUGUACCUGGUCAUUAAAGGGGGGCUCUUACCCCCAUGGGUUCCUGAGCCAUGGAGACUACUGUGCAGAGUGUAUGACCUGGACCUGCCAUUAUGGAUGAGCUCGCCAAAGCUAGCUGGAGAUGUCUGCCGGGCUCCACGACCUGCUCCUGUCUCCUCCAACCGGGAAGGCUGAUCCCAGGGCUAAAAGGUGCCCAGUUUCCAAGAGAAGCUCCUGCCAGGGAGCGUCGGUGGGCAUGAGUGGCCACUCACCCCUGCCUCCUAACAAUUUCACAUCUUCCAAGGCGUCCAACCCCUUCAGGUUUGCUGGGAGUUGAUAGACUUGGAAACAGAUUUUUGUGGCAUGAUUGUGGAAGAUGAGCGAAGUAAAUGACCUUUCUAUGAAGUUAAUCUAAAAGUGUGGGAAUGCUCGUAGUUUUUACUGAGACCUGUAAUGAGGAUGUGUCCUGAAUAUGUAAAAGCUGUGCUUUUGCAAGUCCACAUUCACCCAGAUUCAAGACCAAGUUUUAAGAAUGUAGGAAGAACUAAUUGAACCCAAAGUAAUUGUUUGAAGAAGAACAUCAGAAACACUGGGUUCCGCAAGCCUAGACUGACAUUUUAUACUUCAACUGGUGCCAGUGUGCUCUCCUUUAGAAAUACUUUGAUGUUGGACGAUCUUAUUGGGGUACAUCUUGUGCUAUGGUGAUACUCUCUGGAAUCAUAGGAUUAACAACUUGGAAAAGGCCCAUGAUACUCUUGGUAAACCUUUUUGUGCUGCUCUCUGUGGUUUGUGUCCUCCUGAAUCUAGCUGGAUUUAUCCUAGGCUGCCAAGGGGCCCAGUUUGUGUCCAGUGUACCCAGGUGUGAUCUGGUGGACUUAGGUGAAGGCAAGAUUUGCUUCUGUUGUGAAGAAUUUCAACCAGCCAAAUGCACAGAUAAAGAAAAUGCCUUGAAACUCUUUCCGGUUCAGCCGUGUAGUGCUGUUCACCUUCUACUCAAGAAAGUUCUCUUUGCCCUGUGUGCCUUGAAUGCCCUUACCACUACCGUCUGCUUGGUGGCCGCCGCCCUCCGCUAUCUGCAGAUAUUCGCGACCAGGAGAUCAUGCAUUGAUGAAUCCCAGAUUUCUGCAGAGGAAGUGGAAGAUCACGGGCGUAUCCCAGACCCAGAUGACUUUGUACCACCCGCGCCGCCUCCCUCCUAUUUUGCCACCUUUUACUCGUGCACGCCCCGGAUGAACCGCAGGAUGGUUGGUCCUGAUGUCAUUCCACUGCCGCACAUCUACGGAGCUCGAAUCAAAGGCGUGGAAGUGUUCUGUCCUCUGGACCCCCCGCCUCCGUAUGAAGCUGUGGUGAGCCAGAUGGACCAGGAGCAGGGGUCUUCAUUCCAAAUGCCAGAGGGAUCAGAAGCUGCUGCGAGCCUGUUGGAACCAGUCUGCACACAAGUGACUCAAGGUGGGGACAUUCAUAACACACCUGUAGAAGAAAGCACAUCCAUGUCAACUCCCAGCUCAAACCAGGCGCUUCCUGCGAGAAGCCGGAGAGCCCCCCAACCCCUGAGGACAAGAUCAAAGAGUGACCCUGUGCUCCACCAUUCCGAGGAGAGAGCCGCCCCAGUGCUCAGCUGUGAAGCUGCUACUCAGACUGAAAGGAGACUGGACCUGGCUGCAGUGACUUUGAGAAGAGGCCUGAGACCGAGAGCUUCACGAUGCAGACCGCGGUCAUUAAUAGAUUACAAAUCUUACAUUGACACCAAGCUGCUGGUGGCGAGAUUCCUGGAGCAGUCCUCCUGCAGGAUGACCCCCGACAUCCAUGAACUUGUAGAAAACAUUAAAUCUGUUUUGAAGUCUGAUGAGGAGCACAUGGAGGAAGCCAUCACGAGUGCCAGUUUCUUGGAACAGAUAAUGGCCCCGUUGCAGCCUGGCACGUCCAGGGCCCACGUGCUGCCCUCACGGAGACAGCCUGGCCUGUUGCACCUGCGGAGCUGCGGUGACUUGAGUAUCUUUGCCCCGGCCGGGAGGCCACGAGCUGGGAGGAGACCCCGGCGAGCGGAGGCUGAGCGGCCGCACAGCCUCAUUGGGGUCAUCCGAGAGACUGUCCUGUGAACCUGGAAGACAGAAGGCCACUCCAAGGGGAAGGAUCCCCCUCCUCUCUGUGCCGUUUCCCAGCUGGGAGUUGGGGUCCCCUGGAAACUCCUCAAAAAGAGGGGUACUCUGGAGAACAUUUGUUUCCCUCUUUGCUCCCCUUUUCGCUGACCAAGUGCAUUCAGAACUGAACGAGUAGGUUCUUCCAGGCCCAUCUGGGUUUGGAUGCACUGAGCUGGAAGUUGUGACAGUGGCGACUCUCCUUCCUCUGCUGGGUCUCGCUGCAUUCCCGAGAUCACAUGCUUUGGUAUGGGCAGAACCUGGGCCGACGACUCUGUGCCCACCUCACCCCCCUCAUGCCCCUCUGUGGCUGAGUUCUCUCCCUCUCAGAAGGACAGAUCUGCUGGGCUGCUUCUUACAGCUGCCUGCAGCCUUGCAUUGCUCCAGGGGAGAGGAAUUGGCAGCAAACGCGGGGAUCAACCCCCACGUGUCUGUUGUCCUCAAGCCUUGUUUGAGGCCACCCUCCCUUUAGAAAAAACGGGAAACUUUUUAAGUGGCAAAUUUUAAUGAAAAUCAUUUACAGGGAGAAUUAUUGUUGAUUCUAUUUAUUCAUGCUUGUAAAACUAGAGGCACCUGAAGCAAAACUGAGAAUAAAAACGUUUCCUUGGGA